AUGACGGCAGAGACGAAUAUGUACGAAGCCCAAAUUAAGGAGCACAAAUACGAGAUCGACAAGCUUUCGCGUGAGCUGCAGUCGAUCAAGAAACGAUACUUUGCUCAAAAGCGCAAGGAGCAAGCGGCAAAAGAGAAGGGAGCGUUGACUACUGACAACGGACAACGGCCUGGCCUGCAACCAAAUCGUCAAGCUGGCGAAAGCGGAGCUGUCAGAUUUACCGGUGGUGGAUUCAACGUGACAAAGACGCCAGCUUAA